AACGUUGUUACUUUCACCAGUUAAUUUUCACGUAUUUUGCCAGUUUACACGUAGUAUUUUAAUGGAUUGCGGAGAGUGGGCAAUAUUCUGAAAAUUUGUGUAGAAAAAAAAUUAUAGUCUAAUUAGAACUAGAAAAACUAUACAAAAUGUUUGCUAAUUUAAAAAACAAACUAAUAGAGGAAGUGAAGGCGUCGCCGUCCAAAUUCCAACAAUUUGCGGCCGCAGUCUCGUCGUCGGCUAGCACAACACCUAGCGGAUCGGAGUCAACUGCGACAACGACAACCAACGAAAAUUUUUUUAGCAUUACAGAGGAAGAUACACCGCAAAAUUCUCCGUACAAACCUCUUAAAUUGCCAACGGGUGCAGUAACCGGACGUACGCUUCAUAAUGGACCCGUCCCAACGGGUGGUGCGAUUCCCCGUACGCGAAAAUUAUCCAAUUCAUCAAUAGCCAGUGAUGUGUCUUUCCGUCUACCAACCUACGAAUCACCUCCCAUGUAUCAUAUACAAUCAGAUUUAGAGUCGAAUUGCAGUGAGCUGGAAGAUACUGCUUCUACGGCAAAACUAGAUGUGGUCACCAAAGAGCAGCUCUUCGAUGCAUAUAAAAAAUCUUUGGAUCGCUACCAUAAAUAUCGCAGUCGUUACGCAGAUCUGGCAAAGAAAUAUAAGGAUUUAGAACGCGACAGUGCUAAGGCGCGGUCUGUACUCGUGGAAACGCAAGAUAAGGCUAUUCGUCGCAUCAGCGAACUGCGUGAGCAGUGUUCUUUAGAACAGCAAGCAAAAGCUCAUCUCGAAGAAGCACUACGCAUGGAAAUGGAUGAUAUGCAAUGCAAAAUGCAAGCGUAUCAAACAAAGCUGCAUUUACUAGGGGAAAAUCCUGACAAUGUGACAGACGUUGCGCCAUCAUCUGCCUCCAACGAAGCGAAUGGCGGCGCUUCACUAAUAGAUCUAGACGAUAAUAAUAGUGUCAACAAUCUGAUUAACCAAGAAGAGUUAAUUGGUAAAGUUUCGAUAAAUAAUCUCGAAAGUGCAAAUUUCGAAAAAGAUGCCCGGCAUUUGGCUCAAUUAGAAAAAGAAUUAGGGGAGCGUCAAAGUAAAAUCGAAGAGCUGACAACAAACAUGAUGAAUGCUGAAGAAACUAUAGCUCAAUUACGUAAACAGGAGGAAGAGAAUGCACUGCUGUUGGCGCAAACAAAACAAGCCAUUUAUUCAGAACUCGAAAGUAAAGAGAGUGAAGUAAAAAAACUAACAGCCAGAAUUACCGCAAUGCAAAUAGACUUGGAAGAGGCCAUGAAAAAGGAUAAACAACAGAGUGGACAAGCAGACGAACUCAAGGAACUUCGAGAAAAAUUCAAAAAUUUACAGUUUACAAAACAAGAAAUUGAUGCCAAGCUUAUUGCUGCUGAACAUAUGCUUGGGCAGUUGAAGGAGCAACAAAUAGCGAAAGAUACUACACUCAGAACAACUGAGGAGAAAUUGGCAAAAGCAAGUAAGGAUAGCGAAAAUAAAUUGGACGAGUUGCGGCUGCAGAAUGCGCAGCUGAAUGAGAUGGUCCAGCGAUAUCAGCAAAACGAAGUAUCGCUAGCCGAAAUCGACAACGAAUUGAACAGAACGAAGAAUGAAAAUGAUAAUCUCAUUUCAACGCUUUCGGAAAAUGAGCGAAAACUACAAGAAUCGGAAGCAGAAGUACGUACACUGAAGCAACUGCUUGAGCGGCAUCAGCAAGAAAAAACAGCGGAGGAGGAACGUGUCAAGGCUUUGCUCACCCGAGAGGAAGAAUUGAGCAAGUCGUUGCAAGAAGCACAAGCCGAAAGGGAUGUACAGAUACAAAUAGUGGAACAACUAGGUUCAGAGUUGAAGAUAUCAAAUGAUCGAAAUUCGCAAAAUGAGAGCGAAACGAUUGCUGCACUCAAAGCAGAACUGCACAAGGCCAAUGAAGAAAUGACUGAAACAGUGAGGACUUUGAAGGAGCAGCUCUUCAAUAAAGAAAAGGAAUUAAAAUCAGUAUCAAACAAAUUGGCGAAACAGAAGAAGCAAUUCGAAAUUCAACAGAAGCGUAUACAAGAGCAAAGCGACGAAAUUGAAAUGCUCCGCACAGAGCUGAAUAAACACGAGCAACAUCUCAGCAAUUUACAAACUGAGUCUGGUGCACGUGAACAGCGGGCAGAAGCGGAGAAAGCUAGACUAAAGGCACAAGUGCAAAGUAUACUGAAAGAUAUAGCGCUAAUGCAAGAAGAGAUGCGCGUUGUGAAAUCAUCGCACGCUGAUUUGGAAGUGGAAAAGUUAAAAUUGGAGACUAAGAUUGAGAGUAUGCAAAGGGAGGCGCAGAAUGCCAGUGAUGGCAGUCAACGUGGGCUCGAGCAAUUAGCUGAUGCUGAAGACAAGUUGCGGCAGGUUGAGACAAAGUUACAGAAAGUCGAGACCGAGAAUUCACAAUUAGCAGAACGAAAUUGCCUAUUAGAAGAGCUAAACAAUAGGCUUGAGAAGCAACUUGCAGAGCGAGAGCGCCAGAAAGACACAGAAGAGGCAAAUGCAAAUGAGUUGCGCUUUAAACUAGAUUCGGCGGAGACAGCUCUGCAGAAAAUAAACGAGAAAAUGUCGCAGGUUCUGGACGAAAAUUCUCGAUUACACAAUACACAAGAGCUAAUGGAUCACGAUUACCGUACAUUGCAAGAUAAAUUAAAUGCAUUGGAAAAGGAAAAGUUGCUGGCAGAGGACGCCCAGACGUCUAUACAAGAAGAUCUGGAUCAACUCAGGGAACGAAAGUUGGUGUUGGAAACUAAAUUACGGGAAACUGUCGAACAGUUACAGCAAGUAGAGGAAAAAUAUGCUGAAGAGAAAAAGAAUGCCGAAGCAUAUGAGGAAGAACUUAAGGAGAUGGCAAAUUCUAGAGAGCGUUUGGAAAGAGAGAAACAGGCACUAAGCGCAGAAUUGAAUGAGCUUAGAGCAACACAAUCAGAUGAUGAAAAAUUGCAGAGUCUAAUGAGGGAACAAAAACGUCGUAUCGAAGAAUUGGAAAACGAGUUGAUUGAUAAGGAGAAAGCGGCGAAAGCGAACCUAGAAAUAGCAAACGAAGAGAAACUACAGUUGAAACAGGAUAUAGUGCAAUUGCGAACGACGUUCGAAAAUUUGGAGCACGCGAGGGAAGAACGCGAAUUACUAAAAGCUCAAAAUGCCGAAUUGAACCAAGAUUUGAGCAUUUUAACAACCGAACUGCAACAGAGUCGGCAAGUUUGCCAAGAGCUUGAGGCGAAAGUGUCUCAGUUGCAGGUAUUGGCCAGAGAAAAGGCAGAAAAUGAACAAGAACUGAAGUUAUUGAAAGAUGAGUUUGAAAGAUUGAAAGAGCAAUCAAAAACGUAUGGCGAAGAAGCGAAAAAUAAAGAAACGGAAUUAGAAUCAUUAAAACAACAAAUGCAAAAUGCAAAUGGUCUAAGCGAAAGGCUGGGUAACACGGCGGCAGAACUGCAAAAGCAGCUAGAAAUGGAAAAGAAGUUACGCGUCGAAGCCACAGGUAGUGCAGAGUUGGCUAACAAAAGAAUUAAUGAGCUGGAGGAGCAGCUAAGUUCUGCUAAUAGCGACAUAGAGCGAUUGCACGAAAGCAAUGAUGCGAUCCAAGUCGAUAUGGAUAAAUUACAGAAUAAAAAUGAGCUGCAAUUGCAAAGCUUGGAGUAUGUAGUAACACAACUUAGGGAAGAAACCGAAAAUCUUCGACAACAGCUUGCGAGCCGGAAAGUAGAUGCCGAAAAACUUGCAAAUUUUGAGCAAUUCCAAAUUGAAAACGAAUACUUGAAUAAACAUGUGAAACAAUUGGAAACAGAGUUGGUCGAACAACGCGCAAACGUAGCCACGCAAGUACAAGAAGGACAGGAUAUGCGUGAGAAAUUGAAGUCGAUACAGUGUGAGCUUUAUGUGCUGCGCGAGAAUGCGGAAAAGCACGAUGCCCAAUUGACAGAGAAGCAAAACGCUAUUGACAGUGCCAAUAGGGAAUGCAAAGAGUUACAAGAAAAGUUGACAAACGAACAGGCCGAGUUGGAGCGUCAGAUUGUACACGCCAACUACAUCACCGAGCAAAAUGAUGCGAUACAAAGUGAUCUGCUAUACAAGCAACACCAAUUGAUCGAAGUAGAGCAACAAUUGCGCGACACCAGGCUCGAGCUCGAUGGAGUCAAAUCCACAUACGCCACCGAGAUCGCCGCUAAGACGAAGGAAGUGGACACAAUUCGCACCGAAUUACAACAAGUUACUAGUGAGCUUGACAGCAAAGUGCAGGAGUUGGAUACGUUGCGCUUUGAAAUUGCCGAACGUAGCAGCUUGCAAGAAGUCUCACUCGCGCCGACAACUGUAGACAGUGGCCAAAAACCAAUUGCAACUAGUGAUGCAGAGCAUUUGCGUCGCAUCAACGAAACGUUACAAAGCGAAUUGGAGGAUCUAAAACACAAAUCUACAGCCGAAAUCACAGAGUUGCAACAAGAGAUAGAAGAUUUGCAAAGCAAUGCGAAACAUAUGGUUGACCGUUUGGAGGAAGUCGAACGAUUACGUGCUGAUAUGCACGCACAACAACUGCUUGCUACGCCACAUGCUAUGGAUAAUAAUGUGACGACGUCGUCAUCAGCUCAAGCGUUGUCUGCAUCGCAACAAGAGGAGCUAUUGCAACGUGAAAAAGCCGAAUUAACUGCUAAACUACGUGAAAUUAUGAACGAAGUCCGCGAUGUAUCUGAGCGAAACCUUUUCCUUGAACAACAGUGUGAAAACUACCUGAUAUUGGAGCAGUCGAAUGAACGUUUGAAGCUGCAGAAUGCCAAGCUCUCACGACAGCUGGACGAAACCUUGGUGUCAAUGCAACAUAACGAAGGCAUAACAGCGAACACGGAAUUUGAGUACUUAAAAAAUAUUAUGUUCCAGUAUUUAACGGGGUCUGCUAAUGGUAACAAUGAAACUCUUGUCAAAGUGAUAUCGGCUGUUUUGAAGUUCUCACCACAACAAACGCAAGUGGCGCUUGAAAAGGAACACCAACGACGCUCACUGAUCAACAAAAUCCUAUAGCAUGAACUGGAACAAGCAUACGCAUCCACAUGGUGGUAGCAUCAGCAUUGCUUUAAAGAGAUUAAGAAGAAAUAUUGAGUAAUUAGUAUAUAAGUAAACUGCAGUGAAAGUAAUGAAUAAGUACUGAGGAAAUUAAUUCUAACACGCCGCGUGUCAACCGACAGUUAUCUUCUGAAUUGGCAGCGCCUUGCUUAUGGUUCGCUUUGGGUAUUAGUCUCAAAGAUCUGCGGGAACUCGUACUAAUUGAAAAUGAUUACUUAAAUUGAAAAAAAAUAUAUAUAUAUUUAAACGACGCAUUUUACAUGUAAAAAAUCCUAACUAAGUUAUUUGUACAAUAAAAUUUAAAAUGUGUAAAAACGCUUUGCCAAAUGGGCGAAAUGCAGUUCGAACCGUUGUAAAUUGUAAAAUAAAACAGUAUAAAUUAUAAACUGCACGUUCGAAGUAAGCGUUUGCAUACUCGCGAAUUUCGGAUAGUUAUGAAUUCGCCGAGGUUAGAGUUUUAUACAAUAUAUGUAUGUAAAACAAAAUGUAUUAUCGUUACUUUGUUUGUUUCCGCUUGCACAUGUAUUUAAAAGGCAUUGUUGUCGAUAGAAAUUGUGCAAUCUUAUAUUGGAAUUGUAUGUGCAUAUUUUAAUCACAUACGAAAUAAGCAUAUUUAAAUAUUUUAUAAGACAUAAAAAUAUACAUACAUAUAUCAAAUAUUGUUGUAAAGUAAGUUUUGCAACAACCUACGUAUGUUUUUAGUUGAAGUAAAAUAAUGUUUAAAUUGAUAAAUAUAAAGCCAUUUUUAUUUAUAUGGGACAAUGUAGAGGAUUUUCAGGCCACCCUGAAAGUAUGCAACUUGGAACCCGCAGUUUUGAGCAAAUGUAAAGAGCCGAGAAGGAUUUGGCUUCACUUGGUGUUUCCGAUUGGCUUCAGUUUGCACAGAAAAGUAAGGACUGGCGUGCUUUAUUGGACUUGGCCAUAUCUUUUGGAUCUUAAAAUUUUUAGAUUAUUUUAAGGUCUUUUAUAAUGAAAAAUGUUUAAAAAAUGCAUAAACUCACGCAUAAAAAAUGUUUAACGUGUUCUACUAUAGUGAAGAAGAAAACGAUUCAAUUCCAUUUGAAAUUAUUCUUCGAUAUG